UUAAAUACCCAACCCUGUAUCCAUGACAACCGUAACCCGUUCUAUCAGUGUGACGUUAGCUACUCAGCAGCCCUGGACAAAUGGAGAAUUCACAGCGACCAUCUGAGCCCGUCAGCUAUGUUAAUCAAGAUGAAUUCUGGAAACAAUGCGUUAAAAAAGAAUGGAUAUGUCAUGAUUCCUGGCCCAAGAAGUGGGGCUUCAUGACUGAAUCCUACAAGGAGUAUCAGAUGAAAAGUAUGAAGCUGAAGGAGGCACUCAACACGGAGCUCUCCCCUGAUCAGACCGCUCGACCUCUGACCCCUCCACCCGUUCAUGUCGGACCUUCCUCUGCUGUCCCUGCGACCACUCAGGGUUUUAUUGGAUGGCGUUCACACAUUCCCAUAGACAAGUACAACACCAAGCAUUAUCGACGGAAGGGGUUUGGUGGGCCGCUAGAUGGCUGUAAUGAGUGGACCUCAUCACAGUAGUCAGAUCUAAUCACUAAGUCUGUAUUACUGUUGAAACAUUGAUCAGAACACAGGAUUCGAAGCAGAGUUUGUUUGUGCAACUUUUCAAACAAAUCAUUAAAACU